UGAAGGCGGAGUCCAUAGUCGCGGCUUCUUUGUGCUCCCCCAAGCUCUGUUUUUGUUCUCUCUCCUCUACCUCUUCAUUCAUUGCAUCAACAUGAUGAGUCGCGACCAGGUUUUGUGCGCGGCGGCCAUUGAACAGUCGAUUGACGAAGGUCACAUCAUUGUCGUUCACGAAGGAUACGCCCUCAAGCUGGAUGGCUGGCUCAACAAGCACCCCGGCGGUCGUCUCGCCAUUCUCCACAUGGUCGGCAGAGAUGCGACAGACGAAAUCAAUGUGUACCACUCUGCGCACACGCUGCAACGCAUGAGAGCAUACCGGAUCGGCCGGAUAGCUCAACCCUGGAGGAAUCUGGAGCCGCCUAUCCGCCGCGCCGCCAUUCGCCAACACGACGACCUGCCCUACGAUGAGAAGACCCAAGGAGAGCUGAUCCUCGAUGAAACCGAGUACCUCCUGAAGCAACGCAAGGCCGAUGCCCUCAAGGCUGAGCACUCGUCUCGUAUGGCCUUCACCUCGGCCAUGGAACAAAAGGAGAUUGCCGAGGGCCUCGCCAGCAUGCCUUCAGUAGAUGAGACGACUCAGCUGGCCAUCGCCGUCGACUUCCGCGCCCUCCACGAGCGUGUCAAGAACGAGGGCUUCUACGACUGCCCUUACCUCGAGUACGGCAAGGAGAUGGUUCGCUACUCGCUCCUCUUCGGCACCUUCCUCUACCUCCUCCGCGCCGAGUGGUACCUCACCUCUGCCUGCUUCUUGGGCAUGUUCUGGCAACAGAUCAUGUUCACUGCUCACGACGCUGGCCACCGUGGCAUUACUGGCAACUUCAUCGCCGACACUCUGGUCGGUGCUUUCAUCGCAGACUUUUGCUGUGGCCUUAGUAUUGGAUGGUGGAAGAGCUCGCACAACGUGCACCAUCUCAUCACAAACAUGCCCGAACACGACCCCGACCUCCAAAACGUCCCUCUGUUCGCUACUUCGCCCACCUACUUCCGCUCCGUCCUCAGCACCUUCUACAACUUCACCUUUGUCUGGGAUGCUGCCGCCGACUUCCUCGUCCCUUACCAAAAGUACACCUACUACCCCGUCAUGGCCAUCGCUCGCUUCAACCUGUACCUUCUGUCCUGGCUCCACCUCAUGUCGCCUCGUGCUGCCAACCUUGGCUCUGCUUGGUGGACUCGUCCCGUUGAGAUUGUGUUCAUGGCUGGCUACUGGGCUGUCUUCGGCUACGGUCUUCUCUGGUGCACUCUUCCCACCUGGCCCAUCAGAGUCGCUUUCGUGCUCAUCUCCCAUUGUAUCACCAUGCUCCUCCACGUCCAGAUCACCUUGAGCCACUGGGGCAUGCCCACUGCCGACUUGGGACCUACCGAGAGCUUCCCCCAGCGUCAGUUGCGUACUACUAUGGAUGUCGACUGCCCUGCCUGGUUGGACUUCUUGCACGGCGGCCUGCAAUUCCAAGCUAUCCACCACCUCUUCCCCCGCGUCCCUCGCCACAACCUGCGCAGACUCCAAGUCCUUGUCCGCGAAUUCUGCGACAAGACCGCCAUCAAGUAUGAAUGCUACGGCUUCGUUGACGGCAACAAGGUCGUGUUGAGCAGAUUGGAGGAAGUCGGCAAGAUGGUCGAGACCCUGGUCAAGUGUCAAAAAUUCAUGGCAGAGACCGGAGAGAGCGGUCUUCAUUAGUCUGUUUGACCUUGCCUUUUGAGCCCUUGUCUUUUAGCUGUUUUCUCUCCCUUUUUUAAAACGAUACCCCCUAUAGUGUUAGCGUAUACACAGAUUCUUGUUCUUCUCAGC